AUGGCUACUGCCUGGUUUCCCACUUGUGUGAUAGUUUUGGCGAUCUGUAUCCUCGAUGGCGGUGCCUCAGACACAUUUAAGGCUGCUGUAUAUGAGCAUGCUGUUAUAUUGCCAAAUAGGACAGAAAUACCUGUUUCUCAGAAAGAUGCCCUGAUGUUGAUGAAUAAGAACUUAGAUGUUUUGGAGAAGGCAAUCAAAUUGGCGGCUAAGCAGGGUGCAGACAUUAUUGUGACUCCUGAAGAUGGAGUUUAUGGCUGGGAUUUCACAAGGGAAACCAUUUACCCCUACUUAGAAGAUAUCCCAGACCCUCAAGAAAACUGGAUUCCAUGUACUGAAGCCCACAGAUUUGGCCGUACUCCAGUGCAAAAAAGACUUAGCUGCUUGGCCAGAGAGAAUUCUAUCUACGUGGUGGCAAAUAUUGGAGACAAGAAAGAAUGUGGUGCUAAUGACCCCACAUGCCCACCAGAUGGUCGGUACCAAUACAACACUAAUGUGGUGUUUGAUUCAGAUGGGAAACUGGUGGCCCGCUACCAUAAGUACAAUCUUUUUGCAACUGAAGUUCAGUUCAACUUCCCUAAAGAUUCACCAUAUGUGACCUUUGAUACACCCUUUGGAAAGUUUGGCAUUUUCACUUGCUUUGACAUAUUUUCUUAUGAACCUGCUGCAGCUGUGGUGGAUAAAUUCCAAGUCGACAGCAUACUGUACCCCACAGCCUGGUACAAUACUCUGCCCCUCUUGUCUGCUGUUCCAUUCCAUUCAGCCUGGGCCAGGGCCAUGAGAGUCAAUCUCCUUUCAGCGAACACUCACAACACCAGGAUGCACAUGACAGGGAGUGGAAUCUAUGCACCAGAGGCAGUUAAAGUUUAUCACUAUGACAUGGAAACAAAAAGUGGCCAACUAUUGCUCUCAGAACUGAAGACACGGCCACGACUUUCUUCUGACUACCCUGCAGUGGUAGAUUGGAGUUCCUAUGCCAAAAGUGCCAAGCCAUUCAUUUCUGAUCAGCCAAAGUUCCAUGGAAGUAUCUAUUUUGAUGAAUUUACCUUCAUUGAACUUACUAAAGAAACAGGAAAUUACACCAUUUGCCAGAAAGAACUCUGCUGUCACUUGAGCUACAAGAUGUCUGAGAAAAGAACUGAUGAAGUCUAUGCACUAGGGGCUUUUGAUGGCCUUCACAUUGUUGAAGGACAAUAUUAUUUACAGAUAUGCACAUUAUUGAAGUGCCAAACAACUGACUUAAAAACCUGUGGUGAGCCAGUUGGAUCAGCUUUCACCAGAUUUGAAGAAUUCUCCCUCAGUGGCACAUUCAACACCAGAUAUGUCUUCCCCCAGUUAGUACUAAGUGGGACUCAACUUGCACAUGAACAACACUAUGAGGUAUCAAAUGAUGGUCGUCUGAAGAGCAGAAGUGGUGUCUCAUUGCCUGUUUUAGUGAUGGCGCUAUAUGGGAGAGUAUUUGAGAAGGACCCACAUCGUUUAGGACAGGGUGAUCAUCCUUGA